GCAGUCUUCAGCGAGGCAAAGGUGAAUAUACAGGGACCAGAUGGCGUUUCUCCAGACGUCAUUUUUUUUGUGGUUCUACUCUACAUUCAAUCCUCCCUCUCCAACUUACCACUUCUAGACACCUGGUAGACAGAUAGCGAUCGCGAUUACCACGGUCACAAGGUCACCCACCAGCAACCCAUGAUGGCGAGCAGCGUAGAUGCAAAGCUCUUGAGAGCGACAAAAUUCCCCCCAGAGUUCAAUCAGAAGGUUGACAUGCAAAAGGUCAACCUUCAGGUCAUGAAAAAAUGGAUUGCGAGCAAAAUCUCCGAAAUAUUAGGAUCCGAAGACGAUGUCGUCACUGAGCUUUGCUUCAAUUUGAUUGAAGGCACCCGAUUCCCCGAUAUCAAGUCUAUGCAGAUCCAACUGACUGGCUUCCUCGACAAAGAUACCGCCCCGUUCUGCAAAGACCUCUGGAAACUAUGUUUGAGCGCCCAGUCAAGUCCGCAAGGUGUUCCUAAGGAGCUUCUAGAAGCUAAGAAAUUGGAGUUAAUUCAAGAGAAGAUUGAUGCGGACAAAGCUGCCGAAGAAACGCGCGUCAGACGAGAAGCACAGGAACGUCGCGAUCGCGAAUUGGCAGAUAUCCGAGACCGAGAGCGCCGGGAGCGUGGUUUUCGUGGUGGGCGCGGCGGCGAUAACUGGCGUGGUGGAAGACGUGGCGGUGAUCGGGCUUUUGGCGGCCGCGGUAGAGGCUUUGGGCGAGGAGGUGACCGAUCCCCAUCUCCACCAAGGCGAGAACGGGACUCCUACCGUGCCGACCGUGACCGUUAUGUCCCCCAAAACCGUCGCGGUAGUCGGCAGGAGCUUAGGCGACGCCGUUCAGCAUCUCGCUCUGGAAGCCCUAACUCGAGGGACUCGGCAUCUCGAUCCCGGUCGCCCAGCGUGACUAGCGACCGUGGUCGACGAGCUAGCCUUCGAUCACCUACUCCACCACGCUACCGUUCCCGAGGACGUCGAUCGUCCCCCCCUCGCUACAGAAAUACAGCAAAGCGGGACCGAUCUGUUGGACGAACGAGAGAUUAUAAACCUGCUAGAGACGGUCCUAAAAGAAAGUCCUCUUCGCCAAGCAGUGCCAGCAGGUCUGACAGUAGUUCACGCUCACGAGCUCCUAAAAGGCGCAGGUAUUCGAACUCAGCUAGCCGCUCAAGGCCUCCUCCACGUCGGGAUACACGACGACUCAGUCGCUCUCGAUCAUCAUCCUAUUCCCGAUCACGAUCACGAUCACGAUCACAGUCACGAAGUCGUAGUCCGAGACGAAGACAUGUCCGUGAGCUCAUCAGCCGGAGCCCUUCUCCUAGCCGGCGUGGGCGACUAAGACGGUCUGUUACACGAAGUCCGAGCUCGGAGAGGUCAAGGAAGGAUAAUGCGCGGUCACAGCAAAAAGUUCGACGAGUGAACAGAGAUGAUAGCGAGGCUAGAGAUGUCCCUUCGAGAAAGCGGAGAUACUCUACUAAGUCCCCUCGUGCCCGUGACAGAUCGGCUGAUGUUUCGGAAGAUGAAAAGAAAUCCCAAUCCCCCAGGCACCAGGCAGCCUCGACAGCUGAUGAGACCCCGCAGCAGCGGGCAAAUGAGCUGCGAGAAAAGCUUUUAAAGGAGCGAAUAAAGAAGUCGCAGGACCUUUUUUUUAUUUGCAGAUCCGGCCAUCCUUAAGAUAUAAGAGUGUAUGGGUGCCCUGGUUGACAGCAUUUAUUGUUUUGGGGUCUCAAGGUCAGUACACAAACAAACAUGCUUUGCCUCAGCUUAUGAAGCAUAGCAAUAUGCAGAUAGAUGAUCAGACAAUAGACUUGGUAUAAAAACUCACU